AUGAUUGCCACUUUGCUAUACCUUGUAAUCCAUCUCAGACGCGCCGGCUACACGUUAAUAAAAGUCAUAAUGGCGGAACAACGUGAAAGAACUUUCCUCAUGAUUAAACCUGAUGGUGUCCAACGUGGACUUGUUGGCACCAUUAUCGAACGGUUUGAGAAGAAAGGAUUCAAGUUAGUCGGCCUCAAAUUCAUGUGGCCCUCAGAAGAGUUGCUUCAGAAACAUUACAGCGAUUUAUCGUCCAAGCCCUUCUUCCCUGGUCUAGUGAAAUACAUGAGCUCUGGACCCGUAGUUCCCAUGGUAUGGGAGGGCCUGAACGUCGUGAAAACCGGCCGUCAGAUGCUUGGAGCUACAAACCCAGCUGACUCACAACCCGGCACUAUUCGUGGUGAUCUCUGCAUCGAAGUUGGCCGCAACAUUAUCCACGGAUCCGACAGUGUGGAAUCUGCUAAGAAGGAAAUCGCACUCUGGUUUGGAGAUAAAGAAGUCGUCGGAUGGACACCAGCUGCCGAAAACUGGGUUUAUGAAUAA